AUGCGGAGGACUGAGGUCUCUGAUGCACCGGUUGUUCCUGGGACUAGGUCUACGGAUCGGGCGUCUUCGCUGCUGAAAGAUUGCGAGCUGGAUAUUUAUAUUGAUUUUGAGAAUCCCAUCGGGGUUCGCGAACACAAGAAGAAGAAAGCUGGCGGUAAUAACGCCCCGAAGAAGGUCAGUUCGCCCCCUCCGCCGGCGGAUAACGGUGGGAGCUCAGAAGCCCCGGAUCAACCUGCAGGUGAUGGAGGUGGGGAUGCCGGAGGUGGAGAUGGAGCAGGUGAUGGCAACGGAGACGGUGGCGGGAAUGAUAGCUGGGACGGCUGGACCACGAGCGGCUCGAAAAAGAAGAAGACCGAGGAAGAAGAAGAGGAGGAACGCAAAGCUGCAGAGGCCGCAGCUGGUAAUAAACUCAGCUGGGCUGAUGAUAUGGACGACAAAGGAGGCGCCGAUGACUCGUGGGCCGAAUUCGCAACUGUAGGAGGGAAGAAGAAGAAAGGAAAAUCUGAUGCUCCACCUGGCGGAUUUCAGGAUGUGAGCCUGAAUGAUGGGGCCCCGCAGCUGGAUUUGAAUUUCGAGUCUGGGCCCAAAACCGGUGGCACUGGCUUCAGUUUUGGUGGUUGGGGUAAAGAUUGGAGCACAGGGAGUGGAGGUGCUGCUGCUCCUCCUCCGCCUGACAACAAAUGGGGUCUUGGAGCUAUUGGCGAAUCGGCCCCCAAAGAAGAAUCCAAGGAUGGGAAUCCCUGGGCAGUGGGCUCUAAGAAGAAAACGACCAAAACGACAGGCUUCGAUUUCGGCGAUUUAGGAUCCCCGCCUGCAGAGGAGCCCAAAGUCGACGACGGCUGGGGUGCCUUUACCGCUGUCGACAAGAAAGGCAAAAAGAAGGACGAGCUUGAACCUGCCCCGGAAGCUAAUAAUGACGACUGGAGUUCCUGGGGAGUUGCGACCAAGGACAAGAAAAAGAAAAAGAACCUACUGGAUCUCGAGCCCGAGCCUGAGCCCGCUCCUGAGCCUGAACCCGAGCCCGAGGAGCCGGAAGAGCCUUUAGUCGAAAUCCCCCCAUCUAUUACCGAGGAAGCCUGGUAUGUAGGGCUUUCCAAGAAGGAGCAGCGGAAAGAGAAGAAGGCUUGGGAGAAAAAGGUGAAGGAGGCCGAAGAACAGCGCCAGGCUCAGCUCGACGCCAGGCAAGCCAAGGCGGACGCAAAGGCCAAGGCAGAGGAUGAAGCUAAAGUCAACGAAGUCGUCUCUCCUGAACCGGAAAAUGACUGGGACUGGAAUGUCUCGUCUAAGUCCAAGGACAAGAAGAAAAAGAUCGACCUUCUAGCAGAUCCCGAGCCUGCCCCUCCUCCCCCGCCAGCAGAAGAUAGCUGGGGAGAUAGCUGGGCCACUACAGGGAAGAAAAAGGAUAAGAGUUCUAAAAAAGAGCCUGAGCCAGUGAUUGAGGAUCCGCCGCCAGAACCCGCCAAGGAGGACGAUUGGGGUGGCUGGGCUGUCACCACGAAGGACAAGAAGAAGAAAAAGGGCAAGGAGCUAGAACCUGAACCCGAGCCAGAGCCAGAGCCAGAACCGGAGCCGGAACCAGAGCCUGAGCUUGAACCUGAACCUGAACCUGCACCUGCACCUGCACCUGCAGUUCAUGAUGAUCCUUUAUACGAGGGCUGGGCUACUUUAUCUUCCAAGGAGCGAAAGAGGCGAGAGAAAAAGCUAAUCCAAAAGGGACUCCCUAUUCCCGGAAAGGACUUUGAACUUCCCUCCGAUAAACCAGCGGACCCUGAACCCGAACCUGAACCGGAGCCUCCUGCUGAACCUGAGCCUGAACCUGAGCCUGAGCCCGAACCGGAACCGGAACUGGAACCCGAGAAGCCAGCCGAAGACGAUGCUUGGGGUGGUGUCUGGGGUACAACAAAGGAUAAGAAAAAGAAGAAGAAAGGCAUUGAGGAGCCUCCACCCCCAGCUCCGACUCCUCCUGCCCAAGGUCUCACUCCCGAACCUGAAUCUAUAAAUGAAAAUGGCGACGACAUCUGGGCCGAGCUUGCUCCCAAAUCCAAGUCCUCGAAGAAGAAGACAAUUGAGCCUCCUAAGGAAGAGAAACCGGCUGCCAAGGGCUUCUGGGCAUCUUUGACCGGUGGCUCUGCCUCCAAGACCAAGACAAAGUCCAAGCCUAAGGAAGAUGAGCCUAUUCCAGAGGACGAUCUCCUUAUCGACGUUGAAGAUCCUCCAAAUGAGGUCGAGCCGGAGCCUGAGCCGGAGCUGGAGCCCGAACCUGAGCCGGAGCCUGUCGUUGAGGACAAGCCAAAGAGCAAGAGCAAGCUAUCUGUGGCCGAGCGCAUCAAGGCUCUCGAACAGGCUAAGAAGGAUAAGAUCAAAGAGGAAAAGCUAAGCUCCAAAAGCAAGAAAGAGAAGAAGGUUGAGCCUGAACCCGAGCCUGAACCCGAGCCCGAGCCUGAACCAGAGCCUCCUGCUGAACCCGAGCCAGAGCCAGAGCCAGAGCCUGAACCGGAACCGGAGCCGGAUCUUUCUAAGAUGUCUAAGAAGGAACUGAAGAAAUACAAGAAGCUUCAGGCCGAGAAAGAGGCAGCAGCAGAGGCAGCCAAGGCAGCUGAGCCGGAACCUGAACCUGAACCCGAGCCGGAACCUGAAGAGGAGAAGCACGAUUCAGUCCCUGGGAGUUUCCCAGAUGAUAAUCCUAUCGAGCCCGAGCCUGCGCCAGCUCCGGAAGCGGAACCGGAGCCUGAGCCAGAACCUGAGCCAGAUCUUUCGAAGAUGUCUAAGAAAGAGCUGAAAAAAUACAAGAAAGCUCAGGCUGAGAAGGAGGCCGCCGCUGCCGCUGCUGCGGCAAAAGCUCCUACUCCGCCCCCGGCUCUAGAGGAACCACCUGCCCUGGAGCCAGAGGCGGAGGCUGGUGCUCCACCGACACCUCCGCCAGAGACUGCUGAGCCAGAACCUACGAAGUCUUCAAAGAAAGAACGCCCGCGCGUCGAACGGAAUGGAACCAGCUCCAGCUGGGGCUUCUGGGGAGCAGCACCGCCCCCAAAGAAGUCCAGCAAGAAGGAAAGGCAAGUCCCCGAAGAAAUCGAGGAGCCGAAAGAGGACAAUGAGCCAGAGGAGCCUAAGGAACAUAUGGAGCCUAAGGAGACUAGGGAAGAGAGACGCGAGAGGAAGGAGAAAGAAGAGAGGCGAGCAAGACGAAAAGAGAAAGAAGCAGCUCGCGAACUCGAUGCCUCACCCGCCAUUCGAUCCAAGUCAACAAAAUCUCGACCUAAAGAAUCUGAUGCCGAGAUGGAGAAUCCUUCAUCGGACAGAGAGAAGCGUCGGGAGCGGGAAGCGCGUUCCUCUAAACAGCAACGCGCUACGACCUUGUCCAACUUCGUAUUCGGCGCGCCCCCGCCACGAAGCAAAUCCACCAAGAAACCAUCAGCAGCUUCGAGACCUUCAUCAAAGCCUGCAUCCAGACGUCCAUCUGUUGAUGCGGAUGCCGAAGCCGCAAUGCCUUCGCCACCCCCUGAUGACAAGCCGGAGGUGGCUGAUAAGGCAGCCAAGUUAAUGGGUAUUAGCGGCUCGAAAUCGAGGCGGGAUAAGGAGCGUCCUCGUGCCGAGAGGAAGAAGUCUGGCCCCAGAGAUCCAUUUCCCAUCGAUGAAGAUGACAUGGUUGUGGUCGACCAUGAAGACGCCGACGGGUCACCAAAAGAAGACUCGAAGGGGUCGAAGCGCAAGUCGAAACGAGAGUCGCGACCGAGAUCAGCCGAUGACGAUGCGGUCAUGGUUGAUGCAGAGCAGGCGCGUGGUGCCCCGGAUGUUGACAUGGCCGCUAUGGAUCCACCAAAGGAACGACGCCUGAAACGGUCCAGCACAGCACCCAAAAAGCAAGAGGCCGGUGGGCUGAUGGGUCUGUUUGGUUCCCUCCGAAAGAACACGCGUCCUGAUCCGCCAGAAAGGCGAAAGUCUCGUUCAAAUCGCGAUGGCGCCUUGACCGAGCCAGAACGCGACGAGCGACGUGUCCGACGCGACGAACGCCGCCGUCCAUCAGUCCGACCCGAUACCGAUGCUGAAGGAUUCACCACCGAUGCAGCCGGUGCCGCCGCAGGUGAAACAGAAGCCGAAGACCCGGAAGCCCGCAGAGCUGCUCGACGAGCCAAGCGAACCUCUCGCCAGGCUCCGUCCGACUACCGCGAGGUGGAGGCUCGAGAAGCAGAAGAACGACGUGCAAAGCGGAAAGAAAAAGAGCUAGCCCGUCAGGCUCGUGAACAAGCCGCCCGCGAGGAAGAAGAAGCUCGGCUUCUUGCCGAGAAACAAGCCCGCCGCGCAGCCCGCGAAGAACGCCGCGCCAAAGAAGAGCAAGCUGUCCGCGAAGCUGAAGCAGCCGCCGAAGCCAAGGCCGCCGAACGUCGCGAGCGCCGUCGUCUCCGCGAAGAAGAAAUGGCCGCUAAGGAAAUGGCCGCCAAGGCCAAACGCCGUCGCUCGCGCGUUGACGAACCUCCUCCUGAAGUCUACCUCGACGAAGCUGAAGACCGCCGCCGUGGCUCUCGCACAGCAGACGACAAAGACCGUCGCCGCCGCUCCAAAGCCGCUCCACAAGAAAGCACACGUGCACCCCUCAUGACAGGCGGCCUCAACCACGGUGAUACAGGCGGGCCGAAGAAAGACAAGAUCUCCUCUUGGGUCUACAGCCAAUCCGACGAACCACCCGAUCCUCCCCCUUUGUGGAAACAGUCAUCGACAUGCCCCCAGCCGCCGCUGCUGCCGCAGAUCAAGUCAAUGCUCACUCCCUCUCCUCAGACGAGGAAGCCCGUCGCGCCGUCCGCCGUCGAGCCCGCCGUCGCGCCAAGUACGGCGACAUGCCAGAUGAAGAAAUCGAAGAACUCCGGUCCCGCCGCCAGAGUCGCGUGA